AUGGCAGGCUUUCCAUUUCCUCUGGGACCUUUCUUCACCCGAAAAACUGUGCGCAUCGAGGUGGAGCGAGGCAGCGUGUGGGUUUUCGAGCAGACCCAGGCCCUGGAGCUCUUCAACGUCUACACGCCCGUUCGCAUGACGGUCAUCAAACUGGCCAGCGGGGGCCUGUGGGUGCACGCCCCGGUGGCGCCCACGGAGGAGUGCAUCCGGCUGAUUAAGGAGCUGGAUGCCCCCGUGGAAUAUAUCGUACUGCCUACUUUUGCGUACGAACAUAAAGUGUUUGUAGGCCCCUUCUCACGCCGCUUCCCCAAGGCCAAGGUGUACGUUGCGCCGUACCAGUGGUCCUUCCCCAUCAACCUGCCACCCCAGUUCUUCGGCAUCUUCCCCGCGGGGGAGCUCACCACGGGGGACCCCGACGUGCCCUGGGCGGAGGAGAUCGAGCAGAAGCUCUUCCUGCCGCCAUCCAUCGGUGUUGGCAGCUAUGUUCGGUUUAGCGAGGUGGCCUUCUUCCACAAGAAGUCCCGGACGCUGCUGGUGACCGACGCGGUGGUGUUCGUGCCGGAAGACCCGCCCGAGGUUAUUCCCGAGGACGCGCUUCUGGAGAUCGCUCGUGACAACCUGCUGGCCCGGUUCAUAUCGGGGGGGAGGACUCCAGGGGAGGUGGCGGCCAUUGCCCAGACGGGGCCCGUGGAGGACACCCCUGCAGCCAGGAGGAAGGGUGGUCGACUGGGUGGAGGAGAUCUGCGCCGACUGGAAUUUCCGACAAAUCAUUCCGUGCCACUUCGCAGCGCCCAUCCCGGCUCCGCUGCGGCGGCUCCCCUGGAGCGUCCCGUGGUGUUUCCGCCGGACGACAUGAAGACGCUAAACUCGUUGAACGAGACGUUGUUGUCGUUGGGGGCGGUGAAGAGGAACGCGGAUUUGGAGGAGCUCGGGGUUGCGAAGGGUGUUGAGGCUGGCGGUGAGGGGACGGGUGAGGCGGUGGAGGGGGCGGAGGAGGAGGGCGGGGUGGGGAAGGCCCGGAAGGGGGAGUUUCAGGCGGCGGCGGCGGCAGCAGGGGUGCAGAGGCGAUGACACAGAAGUGGCAGAGUGAUGAAGUGGCUGGGGUAUUGGUUUUGAGUUUCGGAAGGGGAUAUGGUGCGGGGUAAAAAGGAAGGCGGUGGAAAGGGGGAUGUUUUAAGGUUUUACAUGCCCUUCAGCUUAAAACCCAAACGAACGCUAUUUUCAAGUUUGAAUUUAUAGGGAGUGAAAGGUCCAUGGGGGAGAGGUGUUCAGAUGAGACCUGAGAUGGUGUUGUGGUAGGAGAGACAGUUGUGCGCGGGGUGUCGCGGUUGGGUUGCGAUUGCGAUGACGGGAGCGGACUUUUUGCUGUUUUUGCUGUGUAUCAGCUGCUUCUGUUGCUUUCUCAGUAGUUCCACAGUGCUUGAUGAUGUUUACGGUGCUCUCUGGGACGAGGGGCGCUGGAAAACAUAAACCGCUGCCAUUGCUGCUGCUGCUACUGCUGCUGCUGCUACUGCUGCUGCGCCGCUUAAAGAUGAUUCAGGAGAGAUACCUGACAAUUGGCCGUGGGAGGGACCAGCGACAACUGACCGAUCCCGCCCGCCGUCAGCUCCAAUAUCGUUUCGUGAUGUCGUGAAGGAGGAAAAGCGCGGGAGCUACUCACGAGGGUCGGCCCAGCGGGAUGACUCAUAGCGUCGUAACGGGAUGACUAAUAGCCGUACAUGCUGGGUGCGCAGCGUCGCACCCAACGACAGGCGUGAAGAUUGCCCGGAUUGCGUGUUAAUCCGCGCACACAGCAUACAGGGCGUGUGGAUGGAGCAUUUGACAAAUCGGCAGUAGUCAAAGAGAUCAAUUACGGAGGACUAGCAGUCGGCUAAUGCACAUGGCCACUCUUGGAGCUCUGGCUCGCUCAACACAUGUCACGCCUUGAUUUGCC